AUGAGCUCACACGAUUCCGGCCGUCUCAGUGACAACGCUCUCAGCGGCUUUUCGAACGCAGUUCUGUACGACGAGCACAGGCCGUCCUACCCACCCCAUGCCGUUGCCACACUCCUGGAUGCCGCUGGCGUGAGCAACUUGCGAGGUGCCCGUCUUAUUGACCUUGCUGCCGGGACUGGUAAGUUCACUGAAUUGCUGGCAGCAAGACAGGAGCAGUUCAAUAUCGUGGCCGUCGAACCGCACAGUGGCAUGCGUGAAGAGCUUGUGCGGAAGGACCUAAAAAACGUCAUCGUCAAUGAUGGCCUAUCGACCUCCAUCCCAGCAGGUAACAACACAAUAGAUGCCGUCUUUGUUGCUCAGGCAUUCCAUUGGUUUGCCAAUGAAGAAUCUCUGCUGGAAAUCCACCGUGUCUUGAAGCCUGGGGGUGGUUUAGGCUUGAUAUGGAACGCCGAAGACUAUAAUACACCGUCGACAUAUCCCAUCAAGACUGAAUGGGCAACCACAUUGCGCAGACAUCUAUUCGCUUUGGACGAUGUGACUGGCGACCGAGAACCACGAUUCCGGCAUGAUAGAUGGCGCAAAGCUUUCGAGGACCAGGUGUCUUCCACUCCCAUAACGGCAGCCUUGGUAGGGAAAACCAGUUCACUCUUCUCACUUCCCUUGGGUGAACAGAAGGUGGAGUGGACCGUAUGGCUUGACAAAGAAGGCUUGUGGAAGCGGCUCAGCACUCUUAGUCAUGUUGCUAACCUCGUGGGUGAGAAAUUGGAGGAGACCCGCCGGAUUUUCGACGAAGCGCUCGCAGGCAUCGACGUUGAGCGCAACCAGCAGGGUCAGGUUGCGGUUCAUGGUACCACAGUUGUAGUGUGGGCCUCCAAGAUCCCAUAG